ACGAACGGCAGCGAAGGCGACAGCUACCGCUUCGCAGGAGGUGGCUGUGGAGGAGGAAGAGUAGGGCUAGGCGGGACGCGCAGGCGGGAUCCUCGCCAUGGGUCCGCGGGCCUAGAGCAGCGGAAGCCACCCGCCUGCUGCCAAACUGGGUGCUGCUUCUUCCCAAAGCCCCCAUGGCUGAGGACUGGCUGGACUGCCCAGCCCUGGGCCCAGGGUGGAAGCGACGUGAGGUCUUUCGCAAGUCAGGGGCCACCUGUGGACGCUCAGACACCUAUUACCAGAGCCCCACAGGAGACAGGAUUCGGAGCAAAGUUGAGUUGACCCGGUACCUGGGCCCUGCAUGUGACCUCACACUCUUCGACUUCAAACAAGGCGUCUUGUGCUAUCCAUCCCCCAAGACCCAUUCUGUGGCUGUCCCUAGCAAGAAGCGAAAGAAACCUUCAAAGUCAGCCAAGUCUCAGAAACGUCAGGUUGGACCCCAAAAGAGUGAGGUCAGGAAGGAGACCCCAAAGGAUGAAACCAAGGCUGACACUGACAAAACACCAGCUUCGUUCCCUGCUCCUGGGUGCUGUGAGAACUGUGGAAUCAGCUUCUCAGGGGAUGGGACUAGAAGGCAGCGGCUUAAGACAUUGUGCAAGGACUGCCGAGCACAGAGGAUUGCCUUCAAUCGGGAGCAGAGGAUGUUUAAGCGUGUUGGCUGUGGAGAGUGUGCGGCCUGCCUUGUAACAGAAGACUGUGGGGCCUGCUCCACUUGCCUCCUCCAACUGCCCCAUGAUGUGGCCUCAGGGCUUUUCUGCAAGUGUGAACAGAGGCGCUGUCUCCGGAUUGUGGAGAGGGUGAGUCAGGCAGAUAGGGUGGGCCCAAGGCUCACCUCAAUCCCUGGCCCUCAUGGCCUUGACCCCAUGCAUCACGCCUCCGGCCCCCCACAGAGCCGAGGGUGUGGAGUGUGCCGGGGCUGUCAGACCCACGAGGACUGUGGCCGUUGCCGAGUCUGCCUUCGCCCUCCCCGCCCUGGUCUCAGGCGCCAGUGGAGGUGUGUGCAGCGGCGCUGCCUUCGGCACCUUGCUCACCGCCUCCAUCGCCACCGUCAAGGAUGUCAGCGGUGCCCUCCCCUGGUUGUGGUUCCCCCUGCUGGUAAACGUAGCCGUCGCAGGGGAGGCUGCGACUCCAAGACGGCUGCCCAGCAGCACUCCCAAGCUCAGCCACUGCCUCCACUUCCUGCACCACAGUCCCCAAAGCCUACAGAGCUGCACACCAGCGCCCCAGAGCCCUCAUCACCUGCUGAGUUCGUCUACUACUGUGUAGACGAGGAUGAGCUACAGCCCUACACGAACCGCCGGCAGAACCGCAAGUGCGGGGCCUGUGCAGCCUGCCUACGGCGGAUGGACUGUGGCCGCUGUGACUUCUGCUGCGACAAGCCCAAAUUCGGGGGCAGCAACCAGAAGCGCCAGAAGUGUCGUUGGCGCCAGUGCCUGCAGUUUGCCAUGAAGCGGUUGCUGCCCAGUAUUGGAUCAGGGUCUGAAGAGGGAGCAGAAUCACCCCCACUUUGCUCUCGUCGAAAGAAGCCCAGUUCUCCACAGACCCACCUGGGCCCCACAGUAAAGCCACCUUUGGCUAUGCGCAAAGCCCGACCAGGCUGUGCCCAUUCUCCAAUGAAGCAGGAAGCAGGUGGCGGCUUUGUGUUACCCCCACCUGGCACUGACCUUGUGUUUUUACGGGAGGGCGCCAGCAGUCCUGUGCAGGUGCCAGGUCCUGCUGCAGCUUCCACAAAAAACCUGUUACAGGAGGCCCAGUGCUCUGGCCUGAGUUUGGUUGUGGCCUUACCUCAGGUGAAGCAAGAAAAAGUGGAUGCCCAAGAAGAGUGGACACUGGGCACAGCCAACCCAACUUCUUCCACGUUACAGCUUAGCUGCCCUAACAAGGCAGUAGACUCGGGCCUGCUACCUGUGAAACAAGAGCCACUUGACCCUGAGGAAGAGAACAAGAAUGAUUAUGUCUCUGAAUCAGCCCCAGAGGAGGAGGCAGGAGGGCCUGGCACUCCUGUGAUCACGGAGAUUUUCAGCCUGGGUGGAACCCGCUUCCGGGACACAGCGGUCUGGUUGCCAAGGUCCAAGGACCUUAAAAAUCCUGGAGCUAGAAAGCAGUAGACUGGAGGCUUCUGCAGACUGUAGAACUCAAGGUGAUAUUUGCAGAGCGGCUCUGAGAGACAACCCUGAUCUACUAGGGGCUGGGCGGUAGACUGGUUGCAGGGCUUGUGUGUCAAUCAACUCUUGGAGGAAAACCUCCCAGCACAUCCGAGGAGCAGGCCCACUCAGUACUUGGAGCUUAGAGGCAGCAAGCCGAAAAGGAAGAGGAAGUCAGAAUACAAGCUGGUGCGUCUGCUCCGCCCAAGAGCCUGAGCGUGAUGAGAAGUUGGAUGUGUGGGAGGGGGAGCUGGGGUGAGGAAGGGGAUGUAAUUCAAGCCACCACAGACAACCUAAACAAGCCACCUUCAGUGAUUUGAAGUGGCUUCUGGACGGGACCUGCAGUGUCUAUAAACAUUUUCUCAGGGAGACAGCGGCUGAAAAUGCAAUGUGAAUAAAGCAGGAAAGGAAAGGAACUGCUGUUGGGUGAGCUUCUCCUGUGGACCCAAUUUAGUUAAUCAUCAAAAACCAGUCUUUAGGAAGACAUUGAUUUUGUGCACUUUUGCAGGUUGGAAAAUUGAGACUCAAAAGAGAUUCACUUUCCCAGUGUCAAACAGCUAGUGUUGGUAGAGCCUAGAAUUAUACCCAUGGUGUAAAAAGCUUUGUUCUUUAAACCACUAAACUGUUAACUGCAAUCCUAUGUGCAAUAAUGUAUAAUAUUGUAGUAACAGUUUUUUAGUGGAUUUGAAAAUACACAGUGGAUUACUAUAAACAUCAUAAUAAAUCUUUUAUACUCUUGCCUCUAGCAUGGUGUAGGGAGUGCUAAGCUGUAUUUGGAUGGGCUCACCUUGUCAGAGCAUCUGAUCAUCCAGAAACUGGGGUCUCUGCAGCCCCAGGAUCCUACAUAGGAUUCUUCAGCCCUAAAGGGUAUCCCUCCCCAUUGGCUGCUCUCUGUUUUACUUUACCUUGACUUCCUCACCUCAGCCAGAGCAGUGUUUGGAACUAAAGCUCCCACCUGUCCCAUCUUUCCUAACAAUGAACAUCUCCUGCCCUCUAAUGACCAUUGUGCUUGGUUCCUGCCCUCAGCCUGAAUGUCUAGGAGGCUGAAUUCCUGCUUCAUGUCUUGCCCAGGACCAGUGUUGGCUCAGCCUUACCUCACUCUCCAUGCUUCAUUAAAUGCCAAAAAGACAUGUAAUUUGUUACUUAGCCAGCUUUAGUGAGCCAGGGCUGAGUGAGUGCCUCCUUAAAUUUUAUAUCCUUUAUGCCUCCUUUGCCUUACCAUAGUCAUAGUCUUGCAGCUAUAGGUAAUUCACAUAUGGAUCAAUCACUUUUCAUUUCUCUCCUUAUUUUUUUGAGACAGCAUCUUGGUUUGUAGACCAGGCUGUCCUUGAACUCACUUUGUAGCCCUGGGUAGUCUUGAACUAUUGAUCCUCCUGCCUCUGCCUUCCAAGUGCUGGGUCAUCUCCUAUUUCUAACUCAUAAGAGUCAGCUUUCUGCUACCCUCCUCUCCUCUUCCUUUGUCCUGCUUUACCUAGUUCUGCCCUGGCCAAGACUGGAUAAUCUUAUACUGCUUUGUUCCCCCUGGGAUCCAAUCACCCAGCCCUAGGAUUCUGAUAAUUCUGAUAGUGGUGUUCUAAAAGACAUGUGAUUAAUUGGCACUUUGACUUAUGAGCGAAGAGUCCGAUUACUAUAUGUUUUAAUUAUGGUACAGUCCGAAGAGCAGAACCACUAAGACAAAGAUGGUGUAUAUGUAUAUUUUAAGAAGGAUUUGACCUUAUGUAAUUGUUUGACCUGGUUGACAGUCUCUUGUAAGGCUGUCGGUUUUGCAUCUAUUGCCAGAGCCUGAAGUCUGCAGGGCAGGCAACUAGGAAGGGAAGAUGGAUGUAAAGUAUGGGAGAGCCAGGAUACAUUGAAGCCCACGAGCAGGAGAUAGGACCCAUAAGGAUGGCCUGGAACCUAUGUCAAGUUUCUCACCACCUCCAGCUUUGAUGAUGCGGGUGUCCUACAGAAGUUGGUACCCUUCCUCACAGAGUUAAAUAUGCAUCUAGCCCAGGAUUAGAGAAGCUGAAGGAAGAUCAUAGGGAAAGUAGAGCAGCUGCAGGCCUGGCUGCUGCCCCACACCAAUGAGGUAAGCCAGCAGAUAAAUGACAGCAUGCAUGAACUGCAGCAGUGCCUGGUGCCACUGCACCAACCUUCUAAGUGUAAAUAUGCUGCAACUUCUCUUCUGCCCUUGAGUAUCAGGCAACAUGUCUGAACAGAAGCAUACAGGGGAAGGGAGUUCCAGGAAGCAUAGCCUAGCCAAGGCGAAUCAGCUCCAAAGAGUCUCACUACUCACCUGAGGAUAACUUGAUAAAAUCACAUUGCUGAAAAUACAAAGCUGAAGACCAUGGAUUUCGUGUUGACUCCAGCAAGUACAGAAAUUCUGUAAAGCCUCCUAGAACAAACUUGGUAGUCUCUGCUAUUUUUGUGUCAUUCAUUCAAGUAUUGAGAACCUGACCCGUACUUAAUCUGGUACUGUACUUAAUACCUGGAUACAGAAAUGAAAAAGGUGUGGUCCACCCAAUUUUAUUAAGUGCAUCAAUAUGUGUUACAAGCGGUGAAUGGAUCCUCAAAUUUAUCAUGGACCUUAAUGCUAAAAAUAUAUAAUCCAGGAAACUGGGGAAGCCAGUCCUUGUGUGAACCUUGUUGGGACACAAUAGGCAUUGGAAAUAAUUUAAACAAUUUCUAUCUCUAAGCUGUUCUAUUUUAAAAUUAUUUUUAAACAAUUUUUAUUGUCCCAUAUACUGGUUUGUAUGCUUAGUGUUUCUUUGGGGAACGUCUUGGUGGUGCUGGGAGAAACUUGGACAGUGGGUGGCAGUAUGAAGGUCAUUUAAGGAUUGGGGCACAUCACUUCUAGGCCUCAGGGGGGAUGGCUGAAAGCAAACACCCACCACCAGUGGCAGAGGCUGGUGGUACUCACCAUCUGCCCAGCCCUUCGGCUUCCCCCCUCUCCCAAAUCCCCCUCCCCCCAGCAAAGGCCAGCCAGGUGAUGCACGGCUGCGAGAGGACCUGUGGAUCUGACAGUGACAGAAUCCAGUGGCCAAGAGUCACUGCCCCUGGAGCGGGGCCUCUGCAUGGCUGGCACGUCUGUCCUGGGCAGGGCCCAAUGGAAGCCAACUACUCUCCCAAAGAGUGGUGAAACUGGCAAAGCUGAACCAGAAUUGAAUUACCAGACUUGCCUAGAGUGAAUGCUCUGCAAGAUGAGCUUGGGACCGACGUUGGAUUGCAGCCCACUGACUGUACCACAUGGGUCAGCUUUCCUGUGGCCUUUGUGAGUCCUCCAACAGGAUCCUCUUGGCUGUACAAAUGGGGUUGUGGGUGGGGAGCCCCCAAAUCUCAAUGGCCUUUGGCCAACUGCUGUGUUUCCAUUGCCUCCCUUCUCCCCUAAGUGUUCUGUCUCAUGGGCCAGUGCCCAAGAGACACAAAGACCCUUUCAGGUCAUGGUCCAGAGAACCCAGACAACCUCCUAAUUUCUUUCUUUUUUGUUUGUUUCAGGCUACGUAAACUUUUAGCAGUAAAUGAAAAUGAGUAUUUUACUGAACUGCAGUUGAAAGAAGUGAUAUAGGAGAAAAAAAAGUUAUUAAAAGGGAUUAUUAAAAGAAGACAUUAUUUUGUGACUGAAAAGCUGAACCAGCAAUUCAGGAAAUGGAUUCCAAAACUAAAAACAUACCACAUAGAAAAUCUGAAGUGUGUGGAUUACAAAUGAUUAAGGAAUGCCAUUUUAUAGUAAUCCAUGGCCUUUAGAGGGUGUCCACAUUAUUUGUACUUUGGUCAUUAGAAUGUCAUGACUGACAGUUACUUGUUUUUUUCCUGUACUGUAGCGGUCUAUGCUCACCUCCACUUUAGAAUGGGAGCACCAAAGUGACAUUCCUAAUUGGCUUUUAGGUAUAACUACCAUCUAACUCUUGCUAAGAAACACAACUGUGGUUCCCAUCUGUGAUAAAGGCCUGUCUGGUUCCCUGAUUUAUGUUCCCAGCCCUCUUGCCUGGGAUCCUGAUUCUCAGGAACUGACUACUUGGCCUACUGUGACUGGUUGACUCAAACGCGGUCGUUUGCUCAGCCAGAUCCCACUACUGAUCCACCAGUCCAUUUGAUCUGCAUUCUUACUAGAGAGCCCUAAGUCUGAGCCCUGGUUUCUGCCCAGUGCUAUAGGAAGAUUUUUAUUGACGUUAUGGUUGGGUGAUUUGAUAAAGCACUUAGGCUCCCUGAGCCUUAACUAUGCUGUAAAAUAAGGAUAAUUCCUGCAGUUCCAUCAAUCCUGUAAGAUAUUUGUCAGGCUUAAAGGCUGAAUCUGAAAAUACCUUGCAAGCUGUAAAGAACUACACAAGUAU